GGGUGUGCUGAACAGAGGGGCAGACAUCAUGUCCAGGGGGGGCCCCCAGGAUGGGGACUGGGCCCUGAACAUGACCAUAAUCAUGCAAAUUUGGGACAAAUUUGGCAAGGCGGAAGUGGAUCUGUUCGCCACCAGAGAAAACGCACAGUGCGAUCUCUGGUUCUCUCUGAGCUCACGGGACGACCCUCCUCUGGGGGUGGACGCCUUUGCGCACCGUCCCUGGCCGGACAAGCUGCUUUAUGCUUUCCUUCCUGUCCCUCUGAUCCCGCGUCUGCUGGAUCGGAUCAGAACGGACCGCCGGCGGGUUAUUCUGAUCGCUCCCGAGCACACGGGAGCGCACUGGUUCCCGGUCCUCCAGUCAUUACUGUCGGGCCCCCGCUCCAACUCCCCUGGCAGGAGGACGCUCUCCUGCAGGCGGGAGGAGCGAUCAGGAGCCUCCCGAGACUGGGCCAGCCCCUCUGGACUUGGCCGCUGAGCGGGAACGCUUAAUAGACUUGGGUCUAUCUGCUGAUGUGGUGCGCACCAUCCAGGAUGCACGCGCACCAUCCACUGUCUCUUCCUACACAGCCAAGUGGUCAUCCUCCCAGCGCUGGUGUGUAGAAGAAACUGCAGAUCCAGGUCACUGCUCCUUGUCCUGCAUUCUGUCCUUCCUWCAGAUGCUAAUGGACAGAGGUUUAGCCUUCAGCACCGUUAAAACUUAUGCUGCGGCAAUUUCCUCCUGUCACGUGGGCUUUGGUGACAGGAUGGUUUUUAAUCAUCCGUUGGUAAACGGUUCUUAAAGGGAGUGCGCAGGCACAGACCUGUCACGCGCACAUUUGUUCCGCAGUGGGAUUUAACACUGGUGCUAAACGCUUUGACUAAAGCCCCUUUUGAGCCUUUGGAUCAGGUCUCAUUAAAGUUUUUAUCUCAAAAAACAGCGCUGCUGUUAGCGYUAACAUCAGCAAAGAGAGUCAGCGAGCUGUCCGCUCUGUCAGUGUCUCCCUCCUGCCUCAGGAUACGGGAAGAUGGCGGCUCGGCGACUUUACGUCCCAAUCCAGUUUUUAUGCCUAAGAGCAUCACAAGCUCUUACAGCUCCAGAGUUAUUACUCUGAGCGGUUUUUGUCUUCCUCCUCACAGUUCAGAAGAGGAAGCAGCUUCUCAUCUGCUGUGCCCCGUGCGCGCACUCUCGUGUUAUGUCUCACGCACGGCACAGCUUAAGCGCUCUCAGUGUUUAKUUGUUCACUACAGAGAGCAGUCUGCAGGACAACCUUUGUCCUCUCAGAGGCUGUCACAUUGGAUUUGUGAAGCGAUUUCGCAGGCUUACAUCUCAUCAGGUCUGCAGCCUCCAGCUGUACUGUCAGCUCAUUCCACAAGGGGGCUCUCUUCCUCCACUGCUCUGUACAGUGGAGUAUCAGUCCAGGAUAUUUGCUCAGCAGCCUCCUGGUCAUCUCCCUGCCCUUUCAUCCGUUUUUAUCUACGGGAUGUUUCGGGCCCCUCUCUGACCCACGCUGUUCUCAGAACUGUGUCAGAGUAAUAUGUAAUUUUUCAUCCUAAAUUACUGCACAAAUAACUCCUUUGUGCUUAAAGUGAUACUGCACACACAGUGUGCUGUCUCUUCUUCACAUCAUCUGGAUUAUGUGAUGAACACAAGGGAUCAUGCAAAUCUGUUCACUAUGUGAAUCAGUUUUUGCUGUUGCCUUUUUUGCUUGUGCAACAUCACAAGGGGUGUUUUGGGCGGAAGCUUCACGUGUAUGUCAAGCCGGUGAGGCGUAGACUACAUCAGGCUCCGCCUCUAAUACCCAUCUGCGAUAGCCUUAGAGGGCGGAGCUUACACGAAAUAGAACGUUGGUUACGUAUUGUAACCCCAGAUUCUAUGAGUGUAAGCGCAGCCCUCUAAGGAUCGGGGCCUCACCGGCUUCCGUAGCUGAAGAAAAAGUAAGCUA